AUGUAUUUGCCUAGAAAGUAUAAAAUACUAUUGUUGCUGCUGGUAUGGAGAUUAAGCUCUGUAUUUCUUGUUCAAACUACACAUGUACCAGAUAAAUAUUGGCAAUCAUUGGAAGUGGCUCAUCAUUUAGCAUUUGGAUAUGGAUACUUAACGUGGGAAUGGACUGCAAACAUUCGCAAUUACAUCUAUCCAUUCCUGAUAUCUAUCAUUUACAGAAUAUUGGCACUAAUAUCAUUAGAUUAUGUAACAGUUUUGACAACAGUGCCUAGAAUAUUCCAAGCAUUAAUCACUGCUUAUGGAGAAUUCAAAUUUUAUCAAUGGACAAAAAAUAAGUGGACACUAUAUAGCUUAUGUAUAAAUUGGUACUGGUACAUAUUGAUUUGUGAGCCUAAUUUUCAUAAUUCUACAAAUUACGUGGACGAAGCAGAUGCAUUUCUUGCAGAUCCAAUGCAAUGGCUGAGUCACAAUUACAAUGAAAAUGAUGCUGCAACAAUACCUACUCACGUAAUAACAUUUGACAAUGUCUCACCAAAAAUAGUGCAAUUUUUAGAACAUUAUCAACUCAUUUCUGAGAUAUUUUAUACGCACUUUCCUCAAUCAAAUUAUGGAAGAUGUCGACCAGGAGUUUUAAAACGAUCACCGUUUCACGACGGUAGGAUCAUGGUUUUCGGCUUAGAAGAUCCUACGUUGGCCCCCGAGGGUCUACAGGGGAUCCCCUAA